AUGACUGCCGAGGCCGAUGAGUUUGUGCCAGCAGACGCUCACCCAAGCGAGAAGGAUCUGAUCAAUUUUUCUCCCUCACACCCGGAAAGCCUUACUCGCAUGUUGAUCUGUAAAUGCCACACAGGGAGCCGCCUAUUCAAGCACGGAUUCACCGUGCCAUGGAAUAUCAAGAGCAGGAAGAAACAACAUUCUAAAGGCUCGGUCGCCGGCUUCGAAUUUAUUACAUUGCCAGAUGCAUCCGGUGAUUGUCCCCAGAGAAAACGAGAGGCUAUUGUUAUUGACUGUGAGAUGGUUGAGGUGACAGAUGGUCGCCGAGAAGUUGCCUUCAUGACUGCACUUGAUUUUCUCACUGGUGAGAUUCUGAUCAAUCACUAUGUCCAACCACGAUCACGAGUUAUCAACUGGAAUUCCAGAUAUAGCGGAGUGGUGCCUAGCGCUAUGAGAGCUGCAGUUUCAUCUGGUUAUGCACUGACAUGGGAUGGAGCACGCGAUCUGCUGUGCAAAUAUGGAGACACAGAGACAGUUUUGAUAGGUCACGCUCUGAAUAAUGAUCUUGAUGUCCUCGGUAUCGUUCAUCUGAACAUUGUGGACUCGUCGAUUUUAACUUGUGAUGCGGUGUUUCCAGAUCUCCCCUCGGACAAGGCCCAACCGCGGUCUUGGGGGUUGAAGACAUUGACAAAAGAGUUUUUAGGCUAUGAUAUCCAAAAUAGCAAGAAUGGUCACAGUGCCAUGGAAGAUGCAUACGCAACACGAGAGGUUGUAACAUGGUGCAUUACCCAACCCGAUCGGCUAAAUGAAUGGGCAACGUGGCACCGGAAGAUUGAGGAUGAGCGACAAGCUGAAAGAGAGAAGAAGAGGGAAGAAGACCGCAAGAAAAAGGCGGCAGAGGCGAAGAAGAAAGCAGAAGAGGCAAAAAAUAAGGCUGAAGAGAAUGGCGAAGACACAAAUUGGUACGCAAGCACAUACUCGUUGAGCUUAUGUUCUUCAAUCCGAACAAGACUAAUCAUGGAUAUAAUGGUGAAAUAG